AUGUCGAAACUGGCCUCUAAACUGUCGAAGGUCGCUGCCGUUACGGCCGGAGGUGCCGUUAUUCCCUAUCUAUGUCUGUUCGACGUUGACGGCGGCGAGAGGGCGGUGAUGUUCAACAGGUUCGCCGGAGGCGUCAGCAAGAAAACCUUCGGCGAAGGCUCGCAUUUCUACAUUCCCUGGUUCCAGGUACCCUACUUGUACGAUAUACGGGCGAAGCCUAAGGUGAUUAAUACCACGACGGGCACACAGGACCUGCAAAUGGUCAGCAUUAGCCUCAGGCUGCUUUACAGGCCGUUUACGGAGCACCUUCCAAGGCUUCACCAGAAGCUGGGCCCUGACUUCGAUGAGAGGGUUCUUCCUUCCAUCGGAAAUGAAGUGUUAAAGGCGGUCGUCGCCAAAUACAAUGCAGAGUCCCUGCUGACGCAGAGGGAUAAGGUGUCGAAGGACAUCAGGGACGCAAUCACGGCGAGGGCGCUGCAGUUCGACAUUAAGCUUGACGACGUGGCGAUCACACACCUCAGCUACGGGAAGGACUUCUCGAAGGCAAUUGAGGAGAAGCAGGUGGCCCAGCAGGAGUCGGAGCGCGUCAAGUUCAUCGUGGCCAAGUCGGAGCAGGAGAAGCUGGCUGCAAUAGUUAAGGCUGAGGGAGAGGCCGAGGCCGCCAACCUGAUCUCGAAGGCAGUGCAGACGCACGGCACCGGCAUGCUCGAGGUGAGGAAGCUCGAAGCAGCAAAGGAAAUCGCAGAAACUCUGUCCACUUCCAAGAACGUGGUAUACGUUCCGAACAACCUGAACAUGAUGAUUAAUCCAACCAACCUGUAA